AUGUCAUCACUACCAGUACCAUACACAGUGCCUGUGUCCUUCUCUAUUGGUUCCUGCGUGAUAAUCAGAGGGAGACCGAACCUCUCUUUUGUAUAUGCCCCACAGCUGGAGGUGAAUUUCUACACUGAGAUGGAUGAGGACUCAGAUGCUGCCUUCCAAUUCCGAGUGCACUUUGGCUGUCGUGCCGUCAUUAACAGUCGUGAGUUUGGGAUAUGGAUGUGUGAGGAGAAAUGCUACAAUGUGCCCUUUGAAGAUGGCAAAUCAUUUGAGCUGCGCAUCUACGUGCGUCGCAAUAAAUACAAGAUAAAGGUAAAUGGCCAAUGCAUUUACAACUUUGUCCAUCGACUCCCACUAAAAUCUGUGAAGAUGGUGCAAGUGUGGAGAAAUGUUUCCCUGACCAGAGUGCUUGUCAGCAAUGGAUGGAGAUGA